GCCCUGCCGGCCUCGUAACAAAUCUCACCCAAUGUCGAGUCGGAGCGCGAGAGGUAGAACUCAGUGCUUGUUCACAACCGUUUAUCCGAGUUGGCCAAGUGAUAGUGGUAUAGUCGAGAAAGCGAGUGAUUUUGGUGGUCCGGGUGGUGCCCGAAAACGAACGAGAAGGGCCCACUGGAGUUACGCGAAUUUAUAAUUAGCCAUUUGAGUGGAUGAGUUACUGUCCAAGUUGGAGCUGUUCGUUAGCACAUACUAGUGUUGUGUGAGAGGAUACAGGGAGGACGAUUGUACAGUAAGCAGAUACGAGAAACAUACAGCUUUUCCAAACUUCGGGUCAACGUACGAAACUUGUUAGUGCAGGACGCUGUCGGUCCUAGUGAAAAUAGACGCUGAAAUAAAGUGAUUAAGAAAUAUUGAAUCAUUAAAACCUAUUGCAGUUACACUCCCGCGAUUUGUAACGACUGACGAUGAUCCAUAAUGGUGGUCUUCUCGGGGUGCUCCUUGCACUACGACGAAGCCACGUCUGGGGAUGUGCUGCCCAGUGACUGAGAAGGUUGUGGACUAGUGAUAAAAAAUGCAGAAAAGGGACAGUAAAGAGGGCCGAGUCGAGAAGGAGCUGCCUCGAGGAAAUGAAAGAGAAAGAGAUAGGGAGCAGGAAGCUGCCAAGAGGACUUCUAGGGGUAGCGGAAAUGCAACAAGAUCUAAUAUGCACUCCUCUAGGCACAGUAACACUUCAGCCUCAAUUGUAUUAAUGGUUGGACCCAAUUUUAAAGUUGGGAAAAAAAUUGGUUCUGGUAAUUUUGGAGAACUUAGACUCGGCAGAAAUCUUUAUAAUAAUGAACACGUAGCAAUAAAAAUGGAGCCGAUGAAGUCAAAAGCACCACAACUUCAUUUAGAAUAUAGGUUUUACAAAUUACUAGGAACUCAUGAAGGUGUACCGGAGGUGUACUAUUUUGGACCCUGUGGAAAGUACAAUGCUCUGGUGAUGGAACUACUUGGUCCCAGCCUAGAAGACUUAUUUGAUUUAUGCGGGAGAAAAUUCACGCUUAAAACUGUUGUCAACAUAGCAAUACAACUGCUUCGUAGGAUAGAGUACGUACACAGUCGACAUUUAAUUUAUCGUGAUAUUAAACCAGAGAAUUUUCUUAUUGGACGGAGUACAACUAAAAGAGAAAAAAUUAUUCAUAUCAUCGAUUUUGGAUUGGCCAAAGAAUACAUAGAUUUGGAAACUAAUAAACACAUACCGUACCGAGAGCAUAAAAGUCUUACUGGUACUGCACGUUACAUGAGUAUUAAUACUCAUCUAGGAAAAGAGCAAAGUAGGCGAGAUGACUUGGAAGCACUCGGUCAUAUGUUUAUGUACUUCUUAAGGGGUAGUUUACCAUGGCAAGGGCUUAAAGCAGAUACUUUGAAGGAACGUUAUCAAAAAAUAGGAGAUACAAAACGAGCAACUCCUAUUGAGGUGCUUUGUGAUGGACAUCCAGAAGAAUUGGCCACUUAUCUUCGUUAUGUGCGAAGAUUAGAUUUUUUUGAAACUCCAGAUUAUGAAUAUCUACGAAAACUUUUUGAGGAUCUUUAUUUUCGAAUGGGCUAUGUUGAUGACGGCUUUGAAUUUGACUGGACGGGCAAGACCAUGUCUACUCCUGUGGGAUCAAUGCAAACAGCACAUGAGAUAGUGGAAUCACCGAACCGAGAUCGACAUCGUACACUUAAGGAUAUAAUAGGUGCAGGGGUGGGCGGAGGGGGCGGUAAAGGGGUGGGAACCUCAUGGCCUGAUACUACAAAGCUACCAAGGGCUGGUGGUACACUGACGCCUGCUGACAGACACGGUUCAGUACAGGUGGUAUCUUCAACAAAUGGAGAGCUGGCUAAUGACGAUCCAACUGCAGGUCAUUCGAAUACACCAAUUACAGCACCACAGGAAGUUGAAAUGAUCGAUGAAACCAAUGUUUGCUUCAUUUCCAGAUGUUGCUGCUUCUUUAAACGAAAGAAGAAAAAAAGUGGAAGGCAGAAAUGACUGUCUGUUACUGUUGGACUUGGGGGAACGGUACAGUGCGCGAAUAUUAGUGUUGGCAAUGAUGAUGCUGGUGGAACAACCACAGCAACUGGAGCAGCUAGACAUGAAGAACGAUCCAGUGGUAUUGAUUUUGACAAUUCUUCUAGAGAUCCUGAACAUGAGGCUGUUAAAUUAUUACGAGAUAUAAAUCGUUCAGUGUUACGAGAUUCCGUACUACAGCAUACUGCAGUAACUACACCUACGCCUACGCCACCACCACUAUCCAAUUGAACAACUACUCGGGUCACAGCCAUUAAUAUUAUCAUCACUCUUUAUCCAUUAUUAUUAUAAUUCUAGUUAUUAUUGCUAUUAUUAUCACUAUUAUUAUUAUUAUUAAUGUAAUUAUAAUUAUGGUAUUAUUUCAAAUGUCACCACUGUCUUCAAUAAUUUUGACGUUUUUGCAAUUUUUAAAAACCAUGAAUUAAAUUUCAAUUCACAUUUGAAUUAUUAGCAAUAAUACUAAAUAAUGGACAAUAUUUUUCAAUCAUGAGCAUCAUAUUUUCGAUCGGUAUAUGGGGUGAAUAUAUUAGAAACAGGUUUUUUACAUGUUCUUUAAAUUUAUGAAAUUUUAUAUUUUUUAAAAAAACCAAUUGAAUUAAAGUAAACUAUUUACAUAACUGACAACGUAACUUGAUAAUUUUGAUUUACUCAAAAUAACUAUGUUAUAAUAUUAUAUACAUAUGAAUAUACAUGUAAAUUUUUUUAAUAACUAUAGACCAAUAUUGAAAAAUUCACCUUAUAAACGAUUUUAAUCAAAGUCUUUAAUUUCGGGAUUUUUUUUUUUAUAAAUUUAAAUCAAUAAUAAUUGGAUAAAGUCAGAAUGAAAUAUAUAUACAUAUAUAUUGCAUUGAUUUUAAUGAAACUUCAUCUAUGGUAUAUUAUCAGGAGUAAGUGCAGAAUUAAUGAGCAGGGGAAUUGAGGUACUUUGUUUCUGAAAAAAAAAAAAAUAAAAAAAUAAAAAUGUGUUCGACAUUGAAGAAAGUUUUACAGCUUCAUGAUUUAGGAGUAAAUAGUAAAAGCUAUAGUGUAAACAUAAAAACAUAUAUAUCAUUUUUUAUUUAGAUAUUUAACAAAAAAGCACUAAUCUACUAUCUUGUAUAAAAAAAAAAAUAAAAAAAUAAUAUAAUUGUAAUAUUUAUCAUUACGAGUACUAUAUUCGUUACACGUAGACAACCUGUGACAGAUCUUUUAAUGUACUUAUAUGGUCAUCGUUAAAUUUUUAAACAGAAAAUUUCUUUCCUUUAUAUAUUUGAUAUACAAAGAUAUCUGUCGUAGGUAUGUCUGAAUGUAUUUAAUUGCAUAGAUUAAAAAAAAGAAAUAAUAAGACAACACAGACUAAAAUUAAUUCUGUGCAAUUCUCUUGCUGCUGCAUUCUCCUUUAGUGAAAAAAUGAUAUUAUUAAAUCAUUUAAUUGACAAUUCAUUAAUAUACAUAGCUUUCAAACAAUCAUGUGUAUUUAAAUUUGUGGACAAAGUAUAAGAAUGAAUGCUUAAAAAACACGUAUGGUUGGUUAUACAGUGUUGUAUGUAAAUGCAAGAAAAAUAUUGAUAUACAAAUGUGUAUGAUUAUAAACAUUUAAGAUCAAUUUGAAAAAAAAAGUAUAUUAUUAAUUCUUCUUCCAUGAAAAUCGUCCACUAUGUGAUCUCUGAUCGUAGAAUAAAUAUUACAUUUUUAUGUUUAUGGUUAUAUAUAUAAUACCCAUAAAAAUAGACCAAUGGGGCGUACAUAAUUUAAGACGAAAA